AUGCCGGUCUCUCUGCGGUUCGUUCAAGCUCAGUUCAAUUAUCUGGCCACGAAGGCGAAGCAGGACAGCCAGGCGACCAUGUCUGGGUACCUUUGGAAGAAGAAUUCAGUGUCUGGCAAGUGGCGACAGCGAUACUUCAUCCUGUACCAGAAUCUGCUUUUCCAAUUUGAAUCCGACAAGUUGGACAAGAGUCCGUGUGGAAUGGCUCUCCUUGAAGGCUCCUACUGCGAAAAGACGCUCGUUUUGCGAACAUCUCGUGAUACUCGAGUGGCUCCACAGCAUGACCACUGUUUUACGCUGUGCUACAUGCCGAAACGAAAAAAGUUCUACGAGCUGCGUGCGGACAGUGAGGACGAGUGCGACGAUUGGGUGGCUGCAAUUCAAAGCGCGAGGUAUUGCAGUGUGAUCAAGUCUAGACAAGAAUUGCGAGAGAAUCAAGCCUAUCUUCUGCAAAUACUCGAAGCGGAGCGCAAAGCCAAACUGCAGUACCUCCAACAAACUGACGAACUCGAGGCAGAAAUUGUCAAACUCAAAAAUGAGUUAAACGCCCUGUCCCCCGCGAAACCCACUAAGACACCGCUGGUUGAAGAAUCGGACCAACUGCGGAAAAUUAAAAAGGUAAGGCCCAAACGACUCUUGUUUGAAUUCUUAAAAGUUGUUUGUUUAAAUGCAACCAACGCCACUGAUUGCAAUGUUUGCGUACUUUAA